UUUAUCACCAGCCUGACUAGAUCAGGAAUUUUUUUUUUUUUAAGAAACAAGAAAAAUUGCUCUGAAAAGCUUCCCAUGCUUUCUGAGCUGAUGUUGGUUGUAACAGCAGGCAGGGAGGUGCUACUUGAGCAGGGUGACUGAAUAACUGCUAAAAACAUACCUGGCUGAAGUUAUUGAAACUGUCCUCUCCACCACCCCGGCAAUAAUGAAAAGGCUAAUCUUCUCUAAGUCUCUUAUAACCCAUCAAUCUCUUAAGGGUCUGGAUCUGUGAUUAAAAACAGAGGGAAAGCAGCUGUCUUUUUAUCCUCUCGUAAUUAUUCCUUGGUCGUCAAUAGGUGUUGAUUUCCUGGGAGUGUCAUGGUGAUAGAGGUUACGUUUCCCUGUGUUGUUGGGACUCAAUGUUCAGGGGUGUUGGUUGUUUGAGUGCUCCACUGAGAGCCCUGGGGAUGGAAAGCGUGAGUCUUGUUCUCUGUGAUUUCACUGCAUCGUGAAGGUUUGGCUUAUUUUGGAAACGUGCACCUAAAGGCCAAAAAACAGCUAUCCAGUGUCAAGGCAAGGAGGGGCCUCUUUAAUUACCUUUUCUCUAUUUUUUUUCUUCUGCUGUAUCUCACCAGCUGGUGGUAGGAAUGGGUUUUAAAAUGAUUUUAAUUAGAAAGUCAAAACCGGCGACUUGCUUUUUACCGCUGAAACUUGGUGAAUAAAUUUCAGUAAGUGUUUCAGGUUUGUUCUGUCAUUGCUGUUUCCUUGUUGCUGCAAUUAAAAGUACGAGUAGCUAAAUUCUUAUUGGUAAAUCCUGGACACGACUAGAGAUGUCUCUAAGUGUUGUACUUGCACUUUUGACUAGAAGGGGUUAGUUCUGGGAGGCUGUGAGCCACAAGGUGGCCGCUUCCUGGUCAGUAGCACCUUGCUCUCUCCAUGGGGCUCCAGAGGAAGUUUUCAAUGUCUUCCUACUUCCUGAGACAUCCAUACCCAUCUACUUGUUUAAUUGCACAGCUACAGAUGUCAAGUGCAAGAGGACAAAUUCACGCUGUGUCCUACUUUUAGUGGCAAUGACUAUCAGUCACCUUGUUACUCUAUUACUUGGUAAGUGCAGUUACUUUUUCCUUCAAAUAUGAAGUACGGGAAGACUUUCAGCUAAGAAAGAACCCAUCUGAUAACUGAGAAUGGGUUAUUUUUAGUGUCCCAGGAGUACCCAGUGAUGUUAAUCCAUUUGUGUCUCAUUUUCAGCAUCUGCAGACUUGGAAAAAUUUGUCUCUCGAGAAGGGAGAAGGGAGAAGGAAUGUUUAGGAAGUAUUCAAGUUUAUUAUUUAGGUGAACAAAGGAGGCAUUUAAAAUGUAAAGGAUGUCCCCCAAAACAGGCCAGUUAUUUGUAAUAAAGAAUUCCACCCUUAGUAUUUUCUAGAAAUGAAAAGUCAACAAUAAGCAAUGAAGUCUAUGAAUCUAUUGCUUUGGUUUCUCUCCUGUAGCCCCUCCUCAUGGCAACUGCCUGUAUGUAAGGCAGACCAGUGUAUGAUGUGAUGAAGACCAAUGCGUGAGGUGGGAUUCAUAUGGAUCUGGAUGUGUAUUUUUGAGUAAAACCUGUGCCAUGGUUAUAUUAAGCUGAUGACUUUUCUUGCAUGCAUGCAAAUUUGUUAUUUCUUUGGCUAAUUCUGGGCUGUAAAUAUACAUCAGUGGUGAGAUGCGCCUUGUGAAUAUACUGCUACAUGCAUCACCAAUUGCUCUUAGAGCCCGAACUCUUAAAGCUGAAAUACCUUCCCCAUGCUCAAAAACAGCAAUUGGCCUAUGCCAUGAGCCAACCACAGGUAACUACUCUCUUUGGAAAAUACUGAGGUUGCACGUAUCUUGAGCUACAGUAACAAAGUUAUAAAUUUAAAAUUAAAACCGUGUGAAAAUGAAGUAUUUUAAAAGAGAUUUUUCUUUCUUUCUUUCUUUCUAUGAGAAAAUUUUUGAUGACCAAGCAUCUUAAGUGGUAAGUGAAAGCAACCAAGUGUACCUCACUUUUGGUAUCUCAGUGCAUUUCAUUGUGGAGGAUGCAAGUUUUAAUAUUUGAAACUACAAAGAAAAUGCCUUUGUGCCUCUCCUGCAGUCACAAAAAAACCCAAACCAAAACAAAAAAAACAAAUCUGUAAAAAUCCAGUCUUAUUGAUUAAAAAUUAACCCCAAAACUUCCUAGUGUACAAUAUUUCAUGUAGCUCUGAUUCCCGCCUUUAUUAACAUUUUGUAAUGUUGUGAAAGCAACACAACUAUUUCAUGGUCUCUUAAAUGUUUGCUGUGCCAUUUGAUCUCGUGUGGCAUGUGCAGGGAAAAAUGAUAGAGCUUCUCUCUCCUUUUUGAGCAUCUGAAAAAGAAAGCCCAAGCACUAAUCAGUGUUUGUAAUUCAGUGUUACACCAUGUUACCUGAUAAGCAAUUAUUUUUCCAGAUGCCAAGUGGCACACUUCAAAGUACCUAAAUAUCCUGUAGAUUUUAAUGUACGUUCUUCGUUUGCUCAGCAGUGAAAGGAGGCUGGUUAGUAACUAGGAGUUGCUAUUUGCUUAGGCCUGGUACAGACAGACACCUUUCACAAGGUGAGUUGACUGAUAAUCUAGUUAAAAUGUUAUGAGCUGACUAUUCAAACAAGGUAUGUAAAGACUGGGAAGAUGAAAGAAGGAAGAUGUGUCAGAGUGCAAAGUUCCCAGUUGGGAUGAUUGGGAUUAUAGAUGCAAAAAAUGCGUCACAGCUGCAUGACUUUCCCUUCCUGUGGUGUUGAGAUUCUGGGCAGUGAGUGCUCGCCUAAAGUCUCCUUUGUUCUGCACAACAUCGUGUUGCUGCACACGUGCAGCUGUGCUGUUUUGAGGACUUGGAAUCAGUAUCCUCACUCUGGCUCAAUGUUGAGGGAUUAGUAGGACUACUUUCCAAAAAAGGUGCUGUAUGACACAGAUAGUACCUACAAACUCUGGCUGUUGCUGGUGAGGGAGAUGAUACCUCGUGGGUUUUUGCGCUGCGAGAUAAGUUCAGCCUUGUUAAAGGAUGGAUUUAAUUUAAAUCAUGUUUUAUAGUUUGUCUGACACUUUCUUGUCUGUAUAAAUGUCAUCAGUGGUGCACUGUAGAGCCCCAAACCAAAUCAUUUCAUUGCUUAGAAAGCUGGAAGCACAGAAAUUCAACAAGGGCUCUUGAGUUAAACAAACACAAAGUUCUAAGUAAGUAGGUAGAAAAUAUAUUUCUCUAAAAAGAAAUGCCCAAAGUUCAUUUUCAUAGCCAAGUCCCUGACUAUGUCAUGUCUAACAGACCAGAAAUUUCCCAGAUGCUAUUGGAGCUAAAUGCAUCCGGAGGAAUUAGGCACUCAAGUGCCUUAUGUGCUAAAGUCCAAUGUUUAUGGAUCAGUGGUAUUCACAUAACUUUCACUUAACUCUGUAGCACAGAACUGGACCCAGUUUUCUCAGAUCCCUGUCUCACUGCUGAAGUUGAUGGAUUUCUUGGUAUAAUAGUGGCUUCUUUUACAACUGUCCUUUGUGGAAAGUAUAUGCAGUUCAAAGAGACUUGCCAGAUAAGGCCUCAGGCUGAGAGGAGAGGGAAUGGCGGUUUUAGGAAUGAUGAGGGAGCUUUUGGAUGAAGCAGACCUUGAGUAUGUCAGCAGUGCCAGGCCUCAAGACAGUUAUGUCUAUACCCAGCCUCAGAAGUGUGGGAUCUGUCCCUAGAAAUGCAUCCAGAAGGAAGUAAAAGUACUUUAAGGUGCCACAGACAUUCUGUGAAUGAAACUGGGGUCCAAGGGAUGGACAGAGCAGGAAUCAACAGUGGAGUGUAAGGAUGCUACUUUUUCCUUUUGCAAUCUAACAUGUUAAUUUAGGAACUUGGAGAUUGUUGAGUAAUGAAGUUAAUGCGUUUAUUCAACAUGCUGGGUGAAAAUAAGGCUAUCCUCUUCUAUCUUUAAGACUGUCUUCUCUGUUUAACUGUCUUGACUGUUACUAGCUCCUUCAGCUAGAGUCCGCAUCAGCGAGAAUGCAAUUUCCAUGCAUUGUUUCAGUCUGGAAAUGAAAUAAUUUUCAUUAAUGGAAACCUGGUUCUCAAGCAGAACAAUUAGACCCACUUCAGGUUGAAAAAAGAUAAAAGCAUGCUAAUUUGGAUGGAGGACUCUUCUUUCAAGGCAGCCAAUUGAGUCAUCAGCCUGCCACCCACCUGACCGUCUGACAGGUAAUUAGGAGAUAGUCCUUUUUUUUGUGUGGAGUGUGUGCAUAAACCUGCACACGCUGGUGUCACUGCCCAUUGGGACUUCCAGAGGAACGAGCUAGUCAGUGGCAAAAGAGUGAGGAGGGCACGUUUCUCAGGCUGUGCCCAACGAUCUGACUUGCUUUUUGAUUUAGCUUCCUAUUUCUGUCUUUUAACAGCCACCCCAAGUUUCUGGCAGUAAAGUCAUUAUGGCAGACCUGGGUUGCAAAAAGCCCACUGACUGCACCGUCUCCAGGCUGCUCAGCGUCGUGGAGAGUGAACUCCGGGCAGGGAGAGACAAAGGUGACCCCACUGAGAAGCAGCUUCAGGUUGUCUUAGAGGAUGCUACCCUCUGGCAGAGAUUCAGAGAAGUCACCAACGAGAUGAUUGUGACCAAGAAUGGCAGGCGCAUGUUCCCUGUUUUGAAGAUCAGCGUAUCAGGCUUGGACCCCAACGCCAUGUAUUCUUUCCUGUUAGACUUUGCCCCGACUGAUGGCCACCGCUGGAAGUACGUCAAUGGAGAAUGGGUGCCAGCUGGGAAACCGGAGCCACCAAACCACAGCUGUGUCUACAUCCACCCAGAUUCUCCCAACUUUGGGGCCCACUGGAUGAAAGCCGCCAUCUCCUUCAGCAAAGUCAAACUUACCAACAAGCUCAAUGGGAGUGGGCAGAUAAUGUUGAACUCCCUGCAUAAAUACGAGCCUCAAGUACAUAUAGUUCGUGUAGGAGGCCCCCACCGGAUGGUGAUGAACUGUUCCUUCCCUGAGACUCAGUUCAUAGCUGUGACUGCCUAUCAAAAUGAAGAGAUAACAGCUCUCAAAAUCAAGUAUAAUCCCUUUGCCAAAGCCUUCCUGGAUGCAAAAGAAAGAAACCAUCCCAAGGAUGCACCAGAAGCAGUCUCUGAAGGUCAACAUAUGACAUACUCUCACUUGGGUGGCUGGUUGAUUUCCAACCCAGAUACAGUGUGUGCAUCAGGAAGCUCUAAUUACCAGUAUACUGCACCUUUACCUUUGCCAGCUCCACACACUCCCCAUGGCUGUGAGCGAUAUUCAGCACUGCGAGGGCAUCGGGCUGCUCCAUACCCACCUUCCUACAUGCAAAGAAAUCAUUCACCUACAGUGAAUAUUUUGGAGAGCUCCAGCAAUAAUCUUCAGGUAUUCUCAGGACAUGACAGCUGGACUUUACCAUCCUCUCCACAUGCUAAUUUGCUCUCCGUGCCACACACCAAGGGAGCUGCCAGCCCGGGGCCCAGCCAUUACCCUUGCCUGUGGUCAGUGAGCAACAGUGCUGUAAGUGUCACCAACCCAGGAAGUGAGGUGAACAGCAACACUUCAAGCAUGUUUUUAAGGGGUAAUGUACCCUUACCAACUACAUCUUCAUCCGUCCAAAUCCCUCUGCAGGCAACUGCGUCUGGCAGCAUGGAAACACAAGGGGAAGCCCCUCUAGUCAGACUUGUCGACUCUGCGUGGACGUCCUCACACUCCUUUUAAUGGACAGGCAGCUCAAAAGGAAAGCUCAGCCAAACAAGAGAGAAACAAAUGGCAAAUGGCAAAGGAUCCCCAGGAACUGAGCUCAGAACAGGGAUGAGUACGCAGAAUACUCCCCAUCAAGCAUCACUUUCCAUAAUGUAUCUCUUGUAUGCCAGAGAAACCAAAAUGCAUAAUGCAGAGGAGGGAAAUCGUAGGGGAACUGGCUUAUUACUGUAACCUUCCUGCAUUAUUGAGAAUGAUAUCCAGAAAGAAUCUUUAUAGUUGGCUUUGCUCCUUCCUCACAUCAAAAUGAUCAGAGAUAUGGGACUGACCGAAGCAGACAUGGCAGCUGGAUAUUUGCACGUCGUUUUAGAAGGGCCCUUUCUGAAACUGAAAGCCAAGUCCAUGAAAAUUGUGGACAAAUUUGCAACCAUUGAUUUGAAGUGACAGGGCUGCUUUAAAGGCUUUCUGAAUUUGUCACAUGAAGGUUUCCUGAAACUAAGCUUUUUAGAGGGGUUGAGAUUAGUCUGACACCCUAAUUCAGCUUGCAUAUGGUAUUCUCUGUCCCUUUCCUUUCUUCAGCUCUUGUGUGCUCUUUCUGUGUUAUAGGGAUAAAGGACAAUGCUCAAGCUGAGAAAGCAGCUGCAUUAUAGCAGCAGGUGAAGGGCGUCUGGUUUAGCAUUUAUAGUCUAAUGUUAAAUGAAAAGUUCUGAUGUUUUCUGCAUGUGUUAUUUUUGAGAGGACGGAGGGAAAGUAAUUCUAGAAAAAAAAAUCAGCUUACAUUUCCACUUUGCUUCAGGCAGAGUACUAAUAAAAUAUGAAUCAAUGGUGUGUUACGGUUUCAGUGCAUUUCCAAGGUGUAAAUGUGCAAACCAAUCAUUUUUACUUACUAACCUCUGAGAGAAUUUAAAUUAGCUCCACCAGAAACACGUUGUCAGGAGUCUUCUAUUGCUCUGCCAAUUACUAGCCAUAUGAUCUUAAGCAUGGCAUUUCAUAUUUUUGUACCUGUUUUCCCUUUCACUUUCUGUUUGUUCUUUUGUUUGUUUGUUUGUUGAAGAGCUUCCUUUUUCAGGUUGUUGCUUUUCCUUUCCCAUGAGAGAGUACAACAUCUAUCACAGCAGAAGUCUGAUCCUGUCAGCGAUAUCCAACUACUAAUAGUAUAAAGCAAAUAAUAACUUACUCACUCGGAUAUUCCUUCUUUACUUCCUCAGUCAAUCCCCAUUCACUGCUUUCAUCCACAGAGUGGAUGAAAAGAGCUAUGCACUAAGAAAGGAAGUGAGCAGCAGUAAAACAUGUUAAUGUGAAUUAUAAGCCAUGCUCCUGCCUUGUACUCCAUGCUGAUGUACAUUUUCCUUUCUGAGUCUCUGUCAACUGCAGAAACCCCAUGCAAUGUCAGACAGCAUGUGUGAAGGUGGUGGGUUUUUUCAAGUUCUUAGGCCUGAAUCAUACCCUCAAGGCUCUUUCAGUGCUAUGCAGUUUCAUGACAUCCCCAGCUGGCAUUUUAGAUUUACUGCAGGCAAGGCACUACACCAGAACGCACUUAAGAUGCUAUUAGUUUUAGUAAUGUGUGCUGUUCUUAGCUGAAAGCAAAGCCAUGAAGUUGUUUCAGACAUGCAUUUCUGUUGAAAGAGGCGUUGCUCAAACAGGAGCUAACAGCAGAAGGUGAAAAGCUCUGUAGCCUGCUAUUAAUCUAAUUGUUGACAGUUCUAACUUAAAUCUUCCUUUCCAAAUUCUAUCAAAUUUCUCAGCAUUGCCUUUCUCUACCUUGCAGCCAGAAAUGUCAGUAGAUGUUUCUCUCGCAAAUAGCUCUGCUUUACCACCAGAUGAAGCUGAUUAAUUAACGUAUACUACCCUCUUCUGGCUGCUUGGAUCCCCACAGCAGGUGCUGAGUCUACAUUAAAAUGUCUAUAGAUGCUAAAAAAAGGCAAGUGACGACUUUUCUGUGUGCCACAACUUGCUACGCUUCCUUCACGGUUAAUGGGUUGGAUAAUUGCUUAGCUUUCCCUCGAACUGCAUUACAGUAACAGAUAAAUGAUCGUAAGAAGUUAGUUAUGCAAACGGGAAUUUUAUUUCACAAAUAAACAACCUGGGAGAAAAUCCAAUUAGCUUUCCUGAUAGCCCUGCAGGAGGACUGAGAGGGCUGAUAAAGGAUCAGAACGAUCAGGCAGAAGAAUCAAUUUCCUUAUUGCUGUAAAAGCAGCCGUGAUUUGUGUCACAGAAAGUUCUGACGUCUGAGGAGCAAACUAAGUUUUUGUCGUUGCAGAGUCUGGUUUAGCCUGAGGAAAGGCACAGCAAAAUAAAACCAGCCCAAUGCCUCGAAACACUGUUGCUUUGAUAACUGCUUUUAGAACUGGGCUCUGGCAAGGGAUGGUUUGCUUCUAAGAAGCAGUAGUCGCACUGGGGAUAGCUUUUACCACCGGUCAACAAGGAAGAAACGCCACUGUAAAUUUGCAGGUCUCAUUUCCACAGCACAGUGCCAUGCCCUGCGUGCAGCCGCCGGCUGGGGUGCACACAGCACUCUCCUCCCUGGGCAAGAAGGCCCUUCAAAUAUAAACCAUCCCCCUCAUGGCACACCGCCAUUUUGGGUCGGACAGACCUCUGCUUCUAUCAGAAAUAGCCAAGCAUUUCUGACUGAUACCUUUCACUUUCUGCUCUACCCGAUGACUGAAAGUGCAGAAAGAGAAGGAAGAGCUCCCUGUUUUCGUAUAUUCUGACAGACACUUCUCUGCAAGUCUCCAGUGAGCACACACCUGUGGCACUGAGGCAGGCCACACCCUUCCGCCUGCUGGGGUGCCGCCAUUUUAGGCAGUCGAUAGGACAGAUGAGUGUGGCUGCAGCUCCUCAAGUAACCUGCAUUUUAAGCCUGUGAGGAAAGCUGGUUCUUUGUGAUGCAGGUGAGCUGGCAGCCUAUGUGGCCUCAACCUAAAAAGCCACAAGUGGGGCCCCUCCUGUGCCUCACCCUCUGCUUGCCAAUUCUCCAUCCUUCUCUCUCAUCCAGUAGGAAUCCCCUGGGUGCCACCUUAUGCUCCUGCCCAUACCCCAACAGAAGAGCAAUGCAGCUUCCAAUUUUCCAGUCCACUACUGUGGAGUUUUUAGGGAAUGUCCUUUUGCUCACUGACAGGUAGAGGACCAGACAUCAUGCAUGUACCAGCAACUGAAGUCUCCAGCUCAAAUGCUUCUUGGUGAGGUGCUUCCAGCCCUGGGCUCCCAUCCAUCAGGGGAGACCAAGCAGCAGUAACUUCCUCAGAAGGAGUUUUCAUGCCUCACAUCCUCAGUGUACCCUGUUCCCCCUUCAGUGGGCUGCAAAACCUUCCCUCCACAGGAACCCAUGCCACUCCGAGGUCAGCUGGUCUGCCCAACUUUGUCCGUCUGUAACUGAGGUAUUUUCAGCUUCUCUUUUGUUUAGAAAGUUUCAUAGCCUGUUA